AUGUCGGAUCUUUCCGGACAGCAGGGCGACCUGGGCCAAUCCAGCAAGGGUCCAGCCAAGCCAAAUACCAACGAUGAAGUGAACAAUGAGGGCCAUGGGCUCCCUUUCAUCUUCAAGGCGUCGAAGUCCGAUGUUUUUGACCAGGGCCAAUCCAGCAAGGGUCCAGUCAAGCCAAAUACCAUCGACGAGGUGAACAUUGAAGGCCGUGGGCUUCCUUUCAUGUUCAAGGCACCGAAGUCCGAUGUUUCUUACCCGGGCCAAUCCAGCAAGAGUCCAGUCAAGCCAAAUACCAUCGACGAGGUGAAUCAUGAAGCCAAGGCGCCAAAGUCUGAUGUUUCUGACCCGGGCCAGUCUCCUGCCGACACCAAGAGCAAGUCUGCUGAUGCCGGUCCACAGGCAGCUCGUUUGUCGGACCCUUUCAUCUCUCCAUCCAAAGGAAAGGGCAAACGAAACAAGGGGAAGGGGAGAGCAACAGAAAGAGAUGCUGGCCCCAUGAAAGUUGCACGUGGUUCGUUCAUGCCUCUCCCCCCUCUGCCCUCAAAGGGAAAGGGCAAGGCAAGAGAUGCUGGCUCCAUGAACGUUCCACCUAGGUGGAUUAAUGGUGCUGAACCUUGGGUGUAUCGUCUAGCUUCUAGCCUCAUGGAUGUCAGGGCCUACCAGAACAAAGUCACCACACGCACAGGAGAGCCAUCUGAGUGGUUUCAUGAUGUUAUGAAUUCUAUUGUUGAUGGAAUGGGUGAAAGAGAAGCUCAACGCCGCGCUGCCGAGGCCACUGAGGGCGUUUCCACCGAAGAGGCCAAAGAUAACGGACAAGCAUCUGGAUACAACGGGGAACCAUCUGGAUUCAACAGCCGACCAUCUGGAUUCGACGGCCAAGCACCUGGAUACAACGGGGAACCAUCUGGAUUCAACAGCCGACCAUCUAGAUUCAAAGAGGCCGAAGAUAACGGCGACGCAUCUGGAUCCGAAGAAGAGGCAUCUGGAUGA